ACCCACCAUGAACACGACGAGAGCAGAAAAGGGGGCGGGAGGAGGAAUGCGCCGUGGGCGUCAGCCUCUCUCCUUCCCUAUAAAUUGCCACGACGCCAUCUCUUUGGUCCUUUAGUCUCCGACUCAACCAAAGGGAGGUUUGCGGCUGUAUCCAAACGCACUCAUUCUAACGUUAAAAAUGGGCAAGGAAAAGAUACACAUCAACAUUGUUGUCAUCGGUCAUGUCGAUUCUGGCAAAUCUACAACCACUGGUCAUCUGAUCUACAAAUGUGGUGGCAUUGAUAAGAGGGUCAUUGAGAAAUUUGAAAAGGAAGCUGCUGAGAUGGGGAAAGGAUCCUUCAAAUAUGCCUGGGUGUUGGAUAAACUGAAAGCUGAACGUGAGCGUGGAAUUACCAUUGACAUCUCUCUUUGGAAGUUUGAAACCCCAAAGUACUAUAUCACCAUCAUUGAUGCUCCAGGACACAGGGACUUUAUCAAGAACAUGAUUACCGGCACCUCGCAGGCUGACUGUGCAGUGCUGGUAGUUGCGGCUGGUGUGGGUGAGUUUGAAGCUGGUAUCUCAAAGAACGGUCAGACAAGGGAACAUGCCCUUCUUGCCUACACUUUGGGUGUCAAGCAGCUCAUUAUUGGUAUUAACAAGAUGGACUCCACUGAACCCCCAUACAGUCGUGAUCGAUUCGAAGAAAUCAAGAAGGAAGUCACCACAUACAUUAAGAAGAUUGGCUACAAUCCAGCAACAGUAGCAUUUGUUCCCAUCUCUGGUUGGAAUGGAGACAAUAUGCUGGAACCCAGUGCAAAUAUGAGUUGGUUCCAAAAUUGGGUAAUUACUAGGAAGACCGAGACAAUCACUGGUGUCACCUUGCUCCAAGCUCUGGAUGGUAUUUCGCCCCCAGAACGUCCAACAAAGAAAGCUCUUCGCCUCCCCCUCCAGGAUGUCUACAAAAUUGGUGGUAUUGGCACAGUACCAGUGGGUCGGGUUGAGACUGGUAUUCUGAAAUCUGGAAUGUUGGUGCAGUUUGCUCCCAAUGGACUCGUAACUGAAGUAAAAUCUGUGGAAAUGCACCAUGAAGCCCUGACUGAAGCUCUUCCUGGUGACAAUGUUGGUUUCAACAUCAAGAAUGUUUCUGUUAAGGAUAUCCGCCGGGGCUAUGUUGCUGGUGACAACAAAAAUGAUCCUCCAGUGGAAGCUGAUCAUUUUAUUGCACAGGUCAUUAUCUUGAACCACCCUGGUCAGAUUAUGGUUGGCUAUUCCCCAGUACUUGAUUGUCAUACUGCUCACAUCGCCUGCAAGUUUAGUGAACUAAAGGAGAAGAUUGAUCGUCGAUCUGGCAAGAAGAUAGAAGAUGCCCCCAAAUCUAUAAAGUCUGGAGAUGCCGCUAUUGUCUCCUUGACUCCAUCUAAGCCCCUGUGUGUGGAGAGCUUUUCUGAAUAUCCACCUCUUGGUCGCUUUGCUGUCCGUGACAUGAGACAGACGGUGGCUGUAGGUGUGAUCAAGGCAGUUACUAAGAAAGAACUUACUGUAAAAGCCACCAAGGCUGCCAGUAAAAUAAUAAACAAGAAGUGAAUAUCACCACCAGCCACCAAGAUCCAGCAAACCCUGAGACAGACACCACCAAAAUGUUUAUUCAUUACCAGCCAAAUAUGUGUAUUAAUGAGAUACUGGAUAUUGAUCAAGAUGCAUCGAAAGAAAUUCAGAAGGAAAGGAUAGGAAUGAUGGAUUCUAAAUAGAUUCCAAAGCUAUCAGUGUAAUUGUAAAUGUCCUUUCACUAAUUAGGAGCUAUUUUGGUUGUGUAAUGAUUUAAAACUAAUAAAUACCCAAAACCA